UACACACGUAUGUUAGGUGGACCUGUUAAUUUUUAUUUUCACGUCUGUCUGCCGUGACUGGUAGUGAGUUGCCUAAUUUCUUUUCAAUAAUUAUUGCUAAACUGACUUCUAGUUUCCCGAUUCACAACUGUUUUUGUGGGUAUUAAAUACGUUAAGCGACGACUGGUGAGUUCUGAGUUACAACGCGACAGACGACAGUUACUGCCGCACAAACAACGCGUAACCUAAUCACUAAUUAUCUCGCAGACGAGUCAGCACUUCGCUAGUUUGCUAUUAUCGGUCGUCUACUAUUGCCGUUCUCACUGUGUGCCUGCGCUCUGCACUACUUAUAGUUUCAUUUUGCAGUCUUACACAUUUUCAUUUCGUAUUUGUAAUCGCUAUUCAUUGCUCUUCACUCUUCAGCCGGCGUGUUUUCAUUUCGAGGAUCGAAGCCGAAGAGCUGUCCCGUACUCACGUUGAUAUACUUAAACAUACUUACAAGGUAAUCUUGAAUCCAUCAUAGCCACAACAUUUGUUCUGACUGACGAAAAUGGAAUCGUCAUCAAUGGUCUCAAACCUAUCUACCAGCAACGAACAGGAACACGAAGGAUCUCGAGUCUCCAAACUACGAGCUGUAUAAAAGUUUUUACUGGCCUGUCAAAUAAUUUAAUAAUGAACUAGAGACAAGAUCCAAUUAUAUAGAUGAUAAGCAAGGAGUUAUAGAUAAAUCAAGAGAUGAUGAUCAGAGAACUGCCUGGAAUAAAUUACAUGUCUUAAUUGGCUACUUAGUAUACAAAGUUAAUGCUGUUAAUAUUGGAACUGUGAAAAAAGAGUUAUUACAACAUAAUAUGAUACGAGGUAAACAUAUGUUUUGUCGGUUUAUUAUCUCAUCACAACAUUUUUCAACUACCGAUACACAUGUUUAUGCAACUUUGGUUGCUAUUAUCAAUCUUGUACUUCCAGAGAUAGGAAAAUUAGUCUUGAAAAAAUGCGUUAUGUUAUUCCAAAGUGCCUUUAUUGAAAAUGAAAUUUUAGAUUGUUCAGCUUCUGUAAUGUUUAUUGGACAUUUGAUUAACCAUGGUGUUGCUGAUGAAAGAUUGGCAAUAGAAAUAUUAACAAAUUUCCUUGAAGAACAGCAUAUAUUCUCUAUUAAAAUAGCUAUUGUACUUUUGGAAAUAUGUGGUAAAAAAAUAAGUGAAUGCCAUAAAGAUAUUUUGAAUGAAGUAUUUGAUAAUAUGCUCAAUUUUUUGAAUGAUAAACAACUUGAAGCAGAGGAAGAAAAUGAUCUGAAACUAAUAUUGAAAUUACAAGAAAAUGGAUUCAAGUUUCAACAACUUGAUUUAGUACCAGCUUAUGAGUGUCAAAUCACUCAUUUUCAAACUUUGGAGUCAAGUGUAGAUACUGCAUCCGAUAAAAUAAGUUACCAUUAUGAUCCGGAAUUCGAAUUUCAUGAAAAAAUGUAUAAGAAUUUGAUAUUAAAAUCUCAAGGAUAUGAUAGUGAAGAAGAAAAUGGAUUGGAAUCUGUAACUGAUUUUAAUAAUCAAUAUGAUGGUGAAAAAGAAUUGUUCAAAGUAAUGAAACAUAUUAAUGACAUAGAAAAAGACACAAACAUGCUAUCAUUAAGGAACAUCUGUCUAAGAAAGUUGAUAAACUUAACAUACUUGAUGACGGAUUAUACAAAGUUUAUACAACAAAUUGUAAAAUAUCGUCAAGUUGACAUGGACUUAUUUAAUAUGAUCAUUGACUGUUGCUGUGAGCAAUCAACAUAUAAAAAUCAUUUUGGAAAUCUAACGAAAGAGUUUAUUGACACUGAUGAAAGGUUUGCCGAUAUGGUGAAAAUUGCAUUCAUUUACUGCUAUGUAAUUAGUGAUAAGUUUGAUUUACACAGAACACAAAUUGUUUCUAGUUACUUCGUUCAUUUAUUGGAAUUGGGUUUAAUACCUUAUAAGAUGUUAUCAUUACUGGGAGAAUCAGGUUAUGCUAACACUGAAUAUUCUACAAUUAUUUUUCAAAAACAUAUUGAAUAAAAUGUCGGAAAAAUCCUUUCAGGGAUUAUAUGGAGCUCCAACCCAAAUAUAAGUUUUCAUCUUCAACUACUGAAAUUAUUUACUUAUGAUCUAUUAUUUAUUAUGAGUUAUUUAUAUUUGUUUGAUGUAUAUACAAAAUGUUUAUAAUCAUUGUAAUUAAAAUUAUUCUUUGUUGAAUAAUUACUUCAGUACCUAUAGUAAAAUAUUAAUUUACUAAAAUAAAAAGUGUAUUAUAUUAAUGCAUAUUAAGGUUUUAUUUUUGUACAUUUUCAAAUAAAAUCAAUCUACUAUUUGUGUGUUAUGAUAGGAGUUAUUAACAGUUAUUUUGUCAUAUGUAUCUAAACCAUUAACAAAAAAUAUUUGUGAAUCAUCUUUGUACAUAAAGUUAUUUUUUGUUAAAUAAUUACUGAAGUACAA